AAGAUUGAAGAAACCGUUAUCCUAAUCUUUUCUUCUAGUCUAAUUAUUUCAGCCCAUAUUAUUGUGUGGGUUCAAAACCAUUUCAAUGAAGUGAUAAGCAACAACAAGACUCAAGACUAUUCUUUGCUGUAUUUCCUUAGCUGCAAGACUGAUUUCCUGAAAUUCCUCCUGAUCUUACUUUGACAUUGGUUUGGUGGGUAUGUCAACCAGACGAAGGAGUAUUCAAUAUAGCCUUCUCCAUAAUGAUGAUGAUUAUAAUGAUAAUGGUAAUGAUAUUGGAGGAGAACAUGAGAGUGGGUUUGAUUAUUACUCUCCAAAAGGCUGUGAUAAAAUCCCUUGGAAAUCCAUAGCUCUGGCUCUUUUCUUGCUCUUUCUUGGCUCAAUCCUUCUUUUUCUUUCUUUCUUCAUUUUUACUGGUCAUAUGGGUGGAGAGAGGUCUCAAGCCUAUGGCCUCUUAACACUUGGCAUUCUAACCUUCCUCCCAGGGUUUUACGAGACAAGGAUUGCAUAUUAUGCAUACAGAGGUGCCAAUGGAUAUCGUUUUGCUUCCAUCCCUGAUUAUUAGGCCUUUAAUCACACUUCCUUUCUCUUAUAGUAAUAUGUAAUUUGUAAAUUUAUCUUUCCCACUUUUAGUUUUCAUUAGUCUUUCUAAUGUUUUUUCUUUUUCA